AUGGUGAUCAAGCUCAUAUAUGAUUUGGGGGCAAGAUCAUUUUGGAUACACAACACAGGACCAAUUGGAUGUUUCCCUGCUAUAUUGACAAGUUUUCCUAAAGCUGAAAGAGAUCGUUACGGUUGUGCAACACAAUAUAAUGAAGUAGUAGAAUAUUUCAACCAGAAAUUGAAGGAAGCAUUAGCUCAACUCCACAUAAAGCUUCCUCUCGCUGCAAUUACAUAUGUAGAUAUCUACUCUUCUAAGUUAGAUCUUUUUCGCAAUCUUGAGAAAUACGGAUUUGAGCUUCCACUAAUUAAUUGUUGUGGCUAUGGAGGGAAAUACAAUUAUACCCCAGGAGUAGGAUGUGGUGGGCAAACAAAAAACAUUGAUGGUGAAGAAAUUUUUGUGGGAUGUGAAAGACCAUCUACUAGAGUGAUAUUGGAUGGGACACAUUUUACAGAGGCUCCUAAUAAGGUCGUCUUUGAUCUCAUAUCUACCGGUGCUUUCUCAGACCCCACCCAUUCCCUUGAAUAUGUCAUGCAGCAGAAAUUAGAUAAACUAACAUUUCGGUGCUUGUUAUUCUAG